UUCGAGCGCGGUACCGUCAUGCGCUGUGACCCGCCGGAGCUCGCGCGGCGCGGGGGCGGCCUGACCGUCCGCUUCGACGUGUUUUACGCCCAGGACGGCCGUACGUUUCCCCACACGCUCGACGAGAACCACGUCGAGAUCUUGGCCGAGGCACCGCCGUCCGCCUCCGCACCGCCCGCCCUGCACUCCGAGCGCACGCGCCACUCUGCGGCGACCUCCGAGGCAGCGACCUCAUCACACCUAGUCCUCGAGGGCGAGGAGGGCGGCGAGGGCGAGGCGCCGGUGGCAACAGAGGCGGAGGGGCUGAGGCUGCACCUCUCACGGCGCGCGAGCACCGGCUACAAGGGCGUGUGCUUGCAGAAAGGCCGCUUUCGAGCGAGCUGCACGCGGGACGGGCGCAGCCUCUUCCUCGGCUACUUCGACUCGGCGGUGGAGGCGGCGGUGGCGUAUGCGCUGGCAGUCGGCGAGGCGGCGGCGGAGGAGGGCGACGAGGAGGAGGGCGGCGAGGGGGAGCAGGAGAGCGAGGGGCCGGUGACGGAGGCCGAAGGGUUGCGGCUGCACCUCUCCAGCCGCAGCAGCAGCGGCUACAAGGGCGUACGACAGGCCACCAACUCUGACCGCUUCGAGGCGCGGUACACCAACUCUGGUACACGGUCGACGAACCGAUACCUCGGCAACUUUGACUCGGCGGUGGAGGCGGCGGUCGCUUACGCGCGGGCGAUCGGCGAGGCGGAGGACGACGACGAGGAGGACGAGGGUGGUGAGGAGGAGAGCGAGGAGGAGGAGGAGGAGGGAGAUGACCCGGCAGCUUCAUGGGCGCCCAAGCCGGGUUCUCUGCGCUACGACGUGCUCACGGCGUUGCACGCGCUCUCGGGAUCGGCGCGCGAGCAGGCGGGUGUCGGGCGAGACGCGAUCGUGAAGCACGCACGCGAGAACGGCUCCGCCAUCACACGCGGCGACGACGACCUCGCGCUCUACCGCCAGGACGCCGACGCCGUGACGGUGCUCGGGAAAGAGAAGCGAGCUCUGGUUCCGCUCUGGUUGCAGGCAUGCGAGGACGCGCGCUACGUGCUCACGCCAGAAGGCCGCGCCGCCGGGCGCGUACAGCCAACGGGCGGUGAAGGGCGGCAAGGGGAUCAGGACUCGGAUCGGAAGCGGCAACGGCGCGCCUGAGUGAACGGCCGCUUGUAGCCCGUGGACGAGGCUCGAGGGCGCGUUUCCCUCGGCGCCCUCGACCGGACGCUGCGGGCCGCGGAACGCUUUUUCACGCUCUAGAGAGUACGUACAUGUAUGUUGUUGUAUGAGGGAGGAUUUUGUGAUAGAGGAGACUACCGCGGAGAGUC